AACAAGCAUCAUGUCGGCGCGCGCGUCUCGACGGGGCCAUGCGGCGGCCUACGGCGCGCUGCCGAGCGUGCCGAUCUCCGAGAUCCGCCCGCGCAAGUGGAGCAAACAGCUCAAGACGGUGGACCACCUGACCAUCCCCAAGUGGAUCCCCGACCAGGAGAACCCGACGGAGGCGCUGCAGAAGGGGGCGUUUAAGAAGUCCAAGGGACGUAAGCGUGCAGCGGGCGAAGUUGGGCGCAUGACGCGCAGUGUGCGCCAGCACCUGGACGCGCCGCUGGAGCUGCUCUCCGAGUAUCCUGUGCGGGUGCACUCCUCCUCGAGGCAAUCGUCUCCUGCUCGUGCGUCGUCCACUCCAGCACGGACGCCCGUGCCGAUGCCGUCUCCUGAUGGCAUGGCCGUGGACGCUGGUGCUGCGGUGGCAGCCCCAGUAGCUGCUGCACUGCCCACUACUACCUCCGAGCCUGUCAAGAUGGAGUCGGCAGUUCCUGCAGCGCCGAUGGUAGCUCAACCAGCGCACCCGGCAGCACCUCAGGCUGCACUGAAGGUUGAGACGACGCCCGCCGCACCUGCAGCGAAUGUUCCGCCUGCUCCAGCGAUGCCCAUGAUCCCGAUGAUGCCUCCUGUGUCGAACCAGAUCAUGGCGGAGGUUCCAUCGGAUGAGCAGCUGGAGAUGGCGCUGGACGAUCUCCCCAUGCUCGACGCUGACGACAGCUUCAAUCUCGACGCGCUGGACCCGGCGUUUUUGCCCACCCCGGUUCCUUCCGGCAUUCCACCAAUGGAUAGUGCCCACCACCCCAGCGGCGCCAAUUCGAAGCAGCAGUCGGCUGAGAAUUCUUCGGCCUCUGUCAGCGAAGAUGACGGAUCUGCCAAUUCGGGCUCGUCACUCCCGUCGGCAUCUCCUCAAUCGUCGCCGGGAAUGAUGUCGCGCUCACCGUCGCCUUAGACGUUUUGGUUGCAUUUGAUGGUGUGUUGGACGGCACCAAGGUGUUUAAACAUUGUUUUUC